UUUAAAAUACAUGGCAACCCGUACGGCGCCGUGAAGCUAGCUGCUGGUCUGUGCUAGCUAACUAGCUAGUGACAGUGGGUAUUAUUAGUGCCAACGCAAGAGGGGCAGGGUGACGGUGCCCGCCUGGUAUAGAUGCUACUGCUAACUUCAUUCGUCCAGCCAUCACGCUAAAUUGAUGUCUGGGAAGAUAAUAGCUAUUAUUCUAUCUAAGUAUUAAUUAGUCUAGCUGUCAAACGUUAGUCAGUCGCUAACUCGCUGCUGGCUGUCCGACACCGAACAUGUCAGAACCAACGGUGGCGGAUACUCGUCGGUUGAACUCCAAGCCCCAGGAUCUAACAGAUGCUUACGGUCCCCCAAGCAAUUUUCUGGAAAUUGACGUUUAUGACCCACAAACUAUUGGAGUUGGGCGGAACCGUUUCACAACUUACGAAGUUCGUAUGCGGACAAACCUUCCCAUCUUCAAACUGAAGGACUCGUGCGUCCGGAGGAGGUACAGUGACUUCGAGUGGUUGAAGAAUGAGUUGGAACGAGACAGCAAGAUUGUAGUGCCCCCACUGCCUGGCAAGGCCCUGAAGAGGCAGUUGCCUUUCCGGGGGGAUGAGGGCAUCUUCGAGGAGUCCUUCAUCGAGGAGCGACGGCUCGGCCUGGAGCAGUUCAUCAACAGGUGCCUAUGGACGCAGGCUAGAGCAGUCAGCCCUGUAACCCAGCAUUACCCUGCCCUACAACCCAGCCGUGUAACUCAGCCCAGAAGCAGAGGUGCUAGCCAUAUGCUGAGGUCCAGAGGAAAGGUGUGUAGUGGUGGAACUGACCAGAAGCAGCCCGCGGUCCCAACAUGUCCUGACACAGAUGCUACCAGCUCCCACUCCACUUGUUUCUACUUUUGUCUUUCCCUGUCUCUAUCUUUCUGUUUCACAGUCACUCUUUAAGCCCCAGGUGUGCCCCCAGUCCCAGGUGUGCCCCAGGUAGUCCCAGGUGUGCCCCCAGUUCCAGGUAGUCCCAGGUGUGCCCCCAGUCCCAGGUAGUCCCAGGUGUGCCCCCAGUCCCAGGUGUGCCCCAGGUAGUCCCAGGUGUGCCCCCAGUUCCAGGUAGUCCCAGGUGUGCCCCCAGUCCCAGGUACCCCACGUAGUCCCAGGUGUGCCCCCAGUUCCAGGUGUGCCCCCAGUCCCAGAUAGUCCCAGAUGUGUGCCCCCAGUUCCAGGUAGUCCCAGGUGUGCGUCUAUCCCCAUUUUGUCUAACUGAUGUUGGGGCCUAGUUGAGUUAACUGAUGUUGGGUCUAGCUGGUGUUAAGGUCCUGUUGAGCUAGCUGAUGUUGGAGCUAGCUGGUGUUUAGGUAUAGCUUAGCUAGAUGGUGUUGCAGUCUAACUGAGCUAGCUGGUGUUGGGGUCUAACUGAGCUAGCUUGUGUUGGGGUCUAGCUGGUGUUGCGGUCUAACUGAGCUAGCUUGUGUUGGGGUCUAGCUGGUGUUGCGGUCUAACUGAGCUAGCUUGUGUUGGGGUCUAGCUGGUGUUGUGGUCUAACUGAGCUAGCUGGUAUUGGGGUCAAGCUGGUGUUGGUGCCUAGCAGAGCUAACAAAUGUUGGGGCCUGGCUGAGCUAGCUGAUGGUUAGACACUGGGCUCAGUCUGAGGCCUGAUGAAUGACUCGCAAACAGACAUGUAAGGUUACCUUCUAUCCCCAGCAUUUCUCCUAUCAUUAAGCAUUUGGUAUUAUGGUAUGGGCCAUGUCUCCUCUCGCUCCUGCUAUGGCGUCUGGAGGCCCCUGCCUCCCUCUUGUUCCUCCAGGCUCCACAGCUGCAAGUCUGGAGUGUCAUCCUGAGGCUGGAGACACUACUCACAUUCAUCCUACUCUGCAUUUUUCUUUCGAUAAUAAUUGAUGAUAAUCCAUCAAUGUUUGUUUUUUUCCCUCUUUUUUUAAUUUUUUACUCGGAUCAUUGUAAAGUAUAUUCCCUGUUUGUAUUCAGACAAAAACGAUUAUAUUGUAUAAUUCCCCUCUAUGCUGAGAUCCAGCAACAUGUAGCACCCUUGAGAACAGCUGUAAAUUACAUUCCCACUUUACUGUGCAUUGGCCGCUGCAGAAAAAUCUAUCCAAACAUGCUUUUAUAGUACUAUUAUGUAUUAUGGUUACUUUGAUUAUUAACUCUGGUGGUCUUACUCAGGCCUGCCGGCCCUUCUGUGUUAGGGAAUGCAACGUCAGGUAAACUGGUCAUAUCUAACACUGUGAAACACUGUGUCAUCCUUUAAGGUGCAUUCCGCAUCGUGUUGGUUGGUCUGAGACAAGGCUUGUUCAUCUUUUUUGUGAUUGAUGUGUUUUAAUGUCAAAACAGCACUAACAUGUAGCCUUGCUGUUUGGCCCAUCAAUAAAGCCCCACUUCCUGUU